ACAAAGCCUGGUGGAGCGCCGAGUGAACAGUCGCGUUGUGUGCUCCACCCACGGUACACGGCAGUCGUCUGUACGAGUUCUGUACGUUUGAGAGUGCGAACACUUAGCCUUCGGCACGGAAGUGGGUGUUACUGAAUCGAAUAUGGCAACUGCAUAUCUUUACGAUUUUCGCGAAAGAAGACUAAGAAUGAUGGAAUUUCAGUGAAAGUGUUUUAAAGGACAUCGACGUUAGCCAUGGACCAUUCAGUUAAGGCAAUCAACACACACCGUAAAGUAGCAUUCAGCCGGCUAUUUAAUCGACUCAAUUUCGAAAAUGAUGAACUGGAAGCACUGUUUCAUAGAUACAUCUUCAGGCUUCAACAGUACUCGAUCAUAUGUGUACUUGGAUUAUUUGUAUUGUUAACGGCUGCAUUGUCCGUCUUGCAUGCUAUAUACGAUGGUUUUGCAACGGUUCCCACCUUAUACUAUAUGACAUCGAGUGUUGCUUUGUUAGCAUUGGCAUGUUUCAGUCACACGCGUUACAUACGAGACCAUCACUUACUAAUAUUAUGCUACGUCAUCUUAAUCUUUUUUAUGACCUUUUGUUGCUUUGUUCUGCCCGUCGAUGUUGGAUUAGGUGGUUCCUGGAGCGCCAGAAUUUGGUCGGGAUCGCACAGUGCUUCGGAUGGAGUUUGGGAGAUCGUCUUUGUCUUGUUUCUAAGUUAUUGUAUGAAUUAUCUCGUUAUUUAA